CCGGGCUGAGCAGAGAAAGUCCCACUGCGGAGUCGGCUGCGAGAUGAUGGGGGGCUCCUGCGCCUUGGACUUGGGGGUCCUCCUUGGGGCCGUGGCGGUGCUGGUCUCCCCUCCGGAGGUGCUGGGCGUGGGGGAGCCUCCAGAGCAUUUCCUCUUCCAGUCGAAGGGCGAGUGCCACUACUCCGCCUCUGCCAACGGGACGCAGCAGCGCAUCCGCUACCUGAACCGCUACUUCUGGGACCGGCAGGAGCAGCUCUACUUCGACAGCGACCGAGGGAGGGUCGUGGCCGUGGCAGAGCUGAGCGAGCCCGAAUUCGAAGCCUGGAACAAGGACAAGGACGUCCUGCGCAAUGCGAUGGCCAACGUGGAGGUCUUCUGCCGGCACAACUACGGGGUCUACGCGCCCCUCGCCCACGCCCGCCGCGUCCAGCCCAAGGUGGUGAUUACCCCCACAGAAUAUGACUCUGUGUCCCACAACGCUUUGCUGAUUUGCACCGUGGCCGCCUUUUACCCCGCGAAGAUCGAGAUCAAGUGGUUCAGGAACGGGGAGGAGGAGACCGGAGUGUGGACCACAGAUGUCACCCGGAACGGGGACUGGACCUUUCAGAUUGAGGUGAUGCUGGAGACGCAGCCAAAGCGCGGAGAUGUCUACGCCUGCCAGGUGGAGCAUGCCAGCUUCGCGGGCCCCGUCACCGUGCAGUGGGAGGCGCAGUCGGACUCUGCCAAGAGCAAGAUGUGGACGGGGAUUGUGGGGCUGGUGCUGGGGCUGGUCUUUGUGGCGCCCGGACUCUUCCUCUGCGUGAGGAACAAGAAAGGGCUCGCCGUGCCUCAGAGUCCAGGUCUCAUGAGGUAGACUUCGCUGCUCCAUCAGGAUCCCACGAGGUGCAGAAGCCGCUUUUUCUCUCUCUUCCAAGUGGCUGCGUCUUCCGUGGCUGAGAGGAUGGGGGCUUUGUUUGGGGGGCAGAAGAAGGCUGGGGAAGGACGCUCACGGCACCCCCCCAAUCUGCAGCCUCAUCAGCACCAUCCCUGAUUUAUCUCUUUUUGGAGGGGAAGAAAGGAGGUCUCCCCUUGAUGCAUUUGCUGCAUUUAACUUCUGUAUUGCCUGAUGUCACAAAGCUUUAUUUUCCAUGUUGAUGUUUAUCUUGCACAUCCCUUGUCCAGAUGGCUGCCCCCUUUGUGAGUCACCCUUGGAGAGUUUUUAAACCUUCACUCAUUAAACAACAGAGUGUUGUGACA